CAGUUGACCUACGAAAAAUGCAAUUCACUUCCCGAUCAGAAUUUUUCUUGCUUGGUUAUCAUAUUGCUUUUUUCUUUUUCUUUUCUUUCCGUUCUUAUAUGUUUUAUUCGUCAUGGACUUUUCCUAUUGUUUGACAAAAGAUGUUGAAAUCCCUGUUUCUAUCAAAAUUUCAACUUUGGAAGGUUCACUUCAACACCGAACACUAAAACAACAGCAAACAGAGUAUCCUGAUUACUAUGUUACAGUGCAACUAUUUGGAGAUAACAAACCAUUGACAUUACCAAUACGUACUAGUUACAAGUCAUUCAAAAAUCAUAGGACUUGGAAUGAAUGGCUUACUUUACCUAUGAAAUAUUGCGAUCUACCUGCUUCCGCUCAAUUCGCUAUCACUGUUUGGAGUACUUUAGGACCUCGAAAACUAGUUCCUAUUGGUGGCACAACAAUGAGAUUAUUUGGAAAACAUAGGUAAGAAAAGAAUGGAAAUAUUAAACCACUAGAAAAAAACUAAAUUAAUUCAAACAAAACUUAUAUUUUUAGUACGUUACGAAAGGGGAA